UGUUUGUUGCCGUUGUCAAAUUCCAAAGUUCGUUUUUACAUCACAUAAAAGAAGCGUCAAAAUUAGUUAUAUUCGUUAACUUUUAAUAACUAAUAUUUGGAAAUAAACAAUUAUUCUGCUGUCCGCAAGAUGACCUUGGCCGCCGCCAGCGGUGUGUGGCAGGUGCUGUCGAGUUGCAGGGCGCCGCUGAUGUUGCGCCACCUAAGCUCCUCCGCUGCUGCUGCCGCCGCCGCUACGACAAAGCGAACCGAGGGAACAACCCGCAUCCUGACUGCCAACGAUUAUGCGGAGCUAAUCGAGCCGGAGUCGCAGCGUAGGUGCCUGGAGAAGAUGCGCAGCCUGCCGGCCUUUCCACGUCCCAAGACGCUGACGCCCAGUCGGCGGGAGAAGCAAACCUCUGCUGUGCUCAUCCUACUCUGUCAGGAGCAGGGCACCCACGAGAUCUCCCUGCUGUACACGCGGCGUUCGAGACAUUUGCGCAGCCACAGCUUCCAGAUCUCCUUUCCCGGCGGCCGGCGGGACGAGCAGGAUGCCAGUUAUGCGGACUGUGCUCUGCGCGAGACAGAAGAGGAGGUCGGUCUGCCGCGCCACCGCAUCGAGGUGUGGGGCGAGUCCUGCCAGCUGCACUUGCCGCGCACCUCGUCAAUUGUGCCGGUGGUGGGCAUGGUGCGUGACUUCAGCAUCUCGGAGCUGCGUCUCAACUGGGAGGAGGUGGAGGAGGCGUUCAGUGUGCCGCUGAACGAUCUGAUGGUGCCCAAGGUCGCCCGGCACACGCAAUUUCGCAGCGGCUACAGUGGCCCCGUGUUUGUAGUGGAUCACCACAGGAUCUGGGGCAUCACCGGCUACCUGACGCACAUCUUUCUGCAUAGCCUGCUGCCUGGCCACCUACUGCCCGAGUGCCUCAAGACGAACAUCAAGUAUGUAAGACCCUUUAAGCUGCCACCCCGUCCGCCACACCACAGGGAGUCACAGUCCGAUCCCUCAAUGCGUACCUGAGAGGAGAGACGUCCUCGCUAGCACUCGUCACGAACCAAGCUCCAGCUCAGGCUGUGCCCGAGCUUGGAGCAGCCAAACGGUAGACUAAAAGUUGUUUUUAUUGUUUUUAUGUGCCCAACUCGAUGCAUGGAUAUGGUAGCCUUAUACUCUAGCAAUGCAAAAUAAAGCUGUUGUCCGUUAUAAA